UGACUCGCGCAAUAAAUUGUUUGCGUUUAUUGAACUCGAAGUUUGGAGGCGUGUCGGGCUACUUGCCCGCAGUAUACACGCGGCGUACGGCCGAGUCUGACGCUUGGACGCUCCACCGCGCCAUCUCAUUGACCAACAACAAUAGUGGUGGCAGUGGUGGUGACUGCAAAUCAGAAUCUGAUUCGAACACGGACGGUGAGAUGAAUUUUCCGCACGAGAAUGCGACCAUGUUGGGUUUUGAGAAAUCUGAAGAGACCUUCAAGGAGUGGGACAAUUACUGGAACACCGUGCAACUGCAUAGGACAGAGGGCAUACUGAACGUCACACAUGGUAAUGACAUCGACUGGAAAUUUUCCGGAAGCAAUGGGGACGUUAAGGAGUCGGAGACAGACAAGAAGCAGGGGUGGGUGUUCGCGAUGCGGCACGGCGAGCGCGUGGACCUCACGUACGGCCACUGGGUGCAGCACUGCUUUGACGAGAACGAUACGUACGUGCGCAAGGAUCUCAACAUGCCGCUCACACUCAGUGCACGAGAAGGCGGCAAAGAGUCGUACGCUAAGGACACUCCGCUGACGCGCGUGGGCCGCUUCCAGGCGUACCUGGUGGGCGAGGGGCUGCGACUGGCGGGUGUACGGCUGCAUCGCGUGUACGCGUCCGCCGCGCUGCGAUGCGUCGAGACCGCGCACGAGAUGAUGCGGGGCUUACAAGCUGACCCGUCUCUGAAGAUCUUUGUGGAGCCAGCAUUGUUUGAAUACAAAGGUUGGCACAUGGCCAAGGGUCUAGCGCCCUUCAUGACGCCAGAGGAGCUGCAGAAUGCCGGAUACGACGUCGACGUUGAUUACAAACCUUACUUGGAAAUGGAUACUAACACGACGGAAACACUAGAAGAUUUUUACGAUAGAAAUGAAAAAGUGAUACAAACGGUUGUGACUGAAGCGGAAGCAUCAGGAGAAAACGUGAUGUUCGUAGGGCACGCAUCGACACUAGAUAUGGCUGCGUUCGCUAUUAAACGAAUAGACCAAAGUCCCGCGGAGCUAAGACCGUACCAGAUAAGUAAGAAUUUGUUGCGAGUCCCGUAUUGCGCUUUGGCAGCAUUGCGACCGAAGCCGUGGCGACUAGUUUGUCCACCCUGCCCGCCUUCCAUUAAUUCCAGCUCGGGCCGAUUUGAUUGGACUAUAUUGGAAGACGCUGGCACCGCACAGUAACUAAAAACCUUACAGGAGCUCCGCACUAGCCUUAGAAAAUUAGAAAAUACGGAAGUGUUUUGAUUCCAAGCACUAUUCACCAAUGUCGGUAAUGCCUUCAUUAUCCCCUCUUCGUCCUAUUGUUUUUUGUACGUUGGAUUCAAGUAACCUCGAAUCUAUUCACUAGCGCUCGCGUCCGUAUAUUGCGGUUUUAACUUUGUGGUGUGAAGUUAGCGCAAGUCACGGCGCAGUAAACGAAAUGAAAAGAGCGCGCGGGGUUUUACAUAUAAAUGAAGAAAAUGGUGGACUGUGAGUUCCCUAAACAACGGUGAAUUAAACUGCAGAUAAAUGUGAGCAGGCGAAGCAAUAUGGCGGUCGCAGUUUUGUCGUGCCGCGCAUAUACAACUUGUACUACAUGCGAUACUAUGAUCACAAUUAUGUUGAUCAAUGUAUGUAUGUCAAUGAACGUAUUUUUACAUACAUGGUUGUGGGUGUUGGUUGUUUUUGUCUCAUUCAACAGAGUUGUCAUUUUCAUGCAAGUUUCACUAAGUCCAUUCUCUUUAUGUAUGGUUUCAGUGAUCUGAAAUCUGCGUAUAGUUGCACUCACUGCCAACUUCACAACCGCCUCAUAAUUCCCUAUUAUAUCGUUUUUACGUACAAGCAGAUUAAUUAAGCAUAUAACAAGUAUAUUCGCCGACUUACGUCAAAGUGAUCUUCUCAGCAUCGAAUAAUGGUCUUUGGAGAAUAAUUGUCAUUUCUCUUCGCAGCUUGAAACCACUUUUUUUUCAGUUUUGGGUCAGAAGUCAAAAACAAGUUAUUUGGGAACUUUGUUGAAGUAGAUUGGCACAAAACAUGAGUCAACACGGCUUUUUUUUAGAAUAUUAGUGGUAUUGUUAUGAUCACAUGAUGUUGAUGGAUAGUCCAUUUUAAAUUUUUCAAAAAAAUAUUUCGAAAGUCGAAAAAAUAUGCAAAAGUAUGAAAAUUUAAAGACAGCGACGAACAAGUACGACCAGUGACAGACAGGAGUGACGUCAUCACAACCAUA